GAUCACAUGACCGGAACUUCCGUUUGUAGCUGAGAAAUGGCGCUAUCCAUGUUUGUGCCGGUGGACAGCUCUCCGGAGGUGUGACAAGUUGGUUCCUGAAAUGCCUCUUGUGGUGCUGUGUGGAUUCCCCUGCAGUGGGAAGAGUCAAAGAGCACUGGAUCUAAAAAAGCACCUGGAGCAGGCUGGGCGAAACGUUUAUAUAAUUGGAGACCAUACCCUUGCUGUUGAUAAGAAUUCUGUGUAUGCAGAUUCCAGGAAGGAGAAGGAUUUGCGGGGAGCUUUAAGAGCUGAAGUUGAAAGGAAAUUGAAUAAAGAAGAUGUUGUUAUUCUGGAUUCCCUCAACUAUAUUAAAGGAUACAGAUACGAGCUUUUCUGUCUUAUAAAACAUGUCCAGACUCCACACUGCCUGAUCAACUGUGUGACAGCCCCAGACGUCAGUUCCACCUGGAAUAAGGACAGACAGUCAGAUGACCAAUAUACACAAGACAUACUUGAUGGCUUGAUACAGAGAUUUGAGGCUCCUGAUUCCCGUAAUCGAUGGGAUAGUCCCCUCUUUACUGUACAGAAGGAUGAUGUACUGCCAUUGGAACAGAUCUGCAAUGCAAUUUUCCACAGAAAAGCACCCCCACCCAACCAAUCCACACAGACUCAACCUUUGUCUUCCACAAAUUUUCUACAUGAGUUAGACAAGGUGACACAGGACGUGGUGACUGCUGUAUUAAACGCUCAGAAGAUAAGCGUUCCAGGAGACCUCAUUACAGUACCAGGAGCGAGUGAGAAAUUGCAGUUACCUCGGAUGUUGAACAUGUCGGAACUGAGGAGGCUUCGCCAACAGUUUAUCACCUAUACUAAAUUACAUCCUAAUGAGAACAUUUCACAGCUUGCAAAUAUGUUUGUACAGUACCUGAACCAAAGUAUUUGCUGAAUCUACUGCAGGGCAGGGGCUGCCAUUUCUGAUCUUU